UUUCUUCUUUUUUUUUUUCCAUUUAGCAACGAUCAGUUGUUUUGGUCGAGCUCAAUUUUUGUCAAAGGAAUAAGGAAAAUCUUGUAGGUGAAGCGUUUACUUGACGUCAUGUAACGUGAAAUCAUGUAAUAGAGCUCUUAAGUUUAUUCUUCUAUAUAUAAAUCAACCACGUUUUCGACUUCAGUCUUUCAAACUCUCACUUACAGGAACACAAUAACACAAUGCAGCAGAUUCAUAAACUCUGUUUUCUUGCUCUGCUAGUCUUAGCUCACACCACUUCCGCCGUCAACUCAGAGUUGGUCUUCCUUGGAGACGCUGAGCUUGGUCCUGCUUCUGAUGGCGUCAGCCGCUCCGGAGCUCUCUCCAUGACCCGAGACGGAAACCCAUUCUCUCACGGCCAAAGUCUUUGGUCCACUCCUGUCCCUUUCAAGCCUUCUUCAAACUCUUCUUCUCCUCCUUAUCCAUUUGAAACUUCUUUCACUUUCUCCAUUACUACUCGCGUCAAACCCGCCCCUGGUCACGGCCUCGCUUUCGUUGUCGUCCCCUCUAUUGAGAGUAGCGGUCCUGGACCCGCUGGAUUUCUCGGGAUCUUCAACAAAACCAACAAUGGCAACCCCAAUAACCACAUCUUUGCUGUCGAGUUCGACGUUUUUCAGGACAAGAGUUUUGGAGACAUUAAUGAUAACCAUGUCGGGAUAAAUAUCAACUCUGUUUCUUCCAUUGUUGCAGCUAAAGCUGGUUAUUGGGUUCAGACAAGAAUUGGGAAAAGUCUACUCUAUUCGUUUAAGGAGGUCAAGCUGAGCAAUGGAGAGAGGUACAAGGCUUGGAUUGAGUAUAAAAACUCGAAGGUUACGGUCACUCUGGCGCCAGAAAACGUUAAGAAACCUAAGAAGCCUUUGAUCGUUGCCCAUUUAGAUCUCUCUAAGGUUUUUCUUGAAAAAAUGCACCCUGGUUUUUCCGGUGCCAUGGGCCGUGGCGUUGAGCGUCACGACAUUUGGAGCUGGACCUUCCAGAACAGUGCCAAGAGAACCUAAACCAGUUCUGUUCGAUUAUGCUUUUUUCUCUUGUAUCAGAAACUGGUAACCGGAAUGAAUAAGAAAAAAGCAUUGUAUUUGACAAUAAUAUACUAUGCCUUUUUGUUGUGCA